CCUUAAUCCAUAACAAUGUUAUUAGUAAUUUCAAGUUCAAUUCAACAAAUUGUUAAUUAUUACUCUUUUUCUAUCUUAUUUUAUUCAUACAUUAACAAUGCCAAAUUUUUCUUAAUGUUAUAAAAUUGAAAAUUUACACACUAAGAGUUUGUUAAAACUAUAUUUUCAGUUUUCAAGCUUCUCAUUUAUAAAUUAUUCAAGCAUUUCUUUCUUCCAAUUAGCAAUAAUUUUGAGGUUAAUGAUUUGAAAUCUCAAAAAUUUCGGAAAUAUCCCUAGCUAAUGAGCCGGGCAACAAAUCUGUUAUUGGUUUACAAAAACAAAUAUACAUUUCUAGCUAAUGAGAAUUCUUUUUGUAUGAAAAAUCAAGAUAAAUUGCAGUAGUAGUACUAUAUGGGACUUUGGAGGAAUGCUAGAAAGUUUCUCAAAAGGAAAGAAAGUGAUGCCGGAGAAACAGGUAGAGCCCUGGAGGAACUAAGAGGUUCUCUGUACAAUGAUCUACGAACUUCGGAAUCGGCCAAACGCCAACAACAGCGGUUUUGUGGCCCUGCUGUGGCUAUGUCUUUCAAUUUCAUGGUUGCUGUUGGGAUUAUACUCACCAAUAAAUUGGUGAUGGGGAAGGUGGGAUUCAAUUACCCAAUAUUCCUAACACUAAUCCACUACACAGUAGCAUGGAUUUUGAUGGCAUUGUUCAAAGCAUUAUCAUGGCUUCCAGCCUCGCCGCCUUCAAAAUCAACACCUUUCUCUUCUCUGUUCUCUUUGGGAAUAGUCAUGGCUCUUUCCAAUGGCCUUGCCAACACUAGUCUACAACACAACAGUGUUGGGUUUUACCAGAUGGCUAAGAUUGCUGUAACUCCAACCAUUGUUCUCACAGAAUUCAUCUUUUUCAGGAAGACCAUUUCUUUCAAUAAGGUCAUGACUUUGGCAAUAGUUUCAGUAGGUGUAGCUAUAGCAACAGUAACAGAUCUCGAGUUUAAUGUAUUUGGUGCUUGUGUUGCUGUUGCAUGGAUACUUCCCAGUGCAGUGAACAAGAUUCUGUGGUCAAAUCUACAACAACAGAGCAACUGGACUGCUCUAGCAUUGAUGUGGAAGACAACUCCUGUAACAAUUUUCUUCUUAGUAGCUUUAAUGCCGUGGCUUGAUCCGCCUGGAGUUUUAUCCUUCAAUUGGAAUGUCAGCAACUCGUCGGCAGUUAUGGUGUCUGCUGUUCUUGGCUUCCUCCUACAGUGGUCUGGCGCUUUAGCACUCGGGGCAACUUCAGCAACAUCUCACGUAGUUUUGGGACAAUUCAAGACCUGUGUCAUCUUACUGGGAGGCUAUGUAUUGUUCAAUUCAGAUCCAGGACCUACGAGUCUUUGUGGCGCAGUCACAGCAUUAGGGGGCAUGUCAGUUUAUACAUCACUAAGUCUAAAGGAUUCUGCUGAAAGUGUCGUGAAACAGAUCCCAACCCUGAAUCAACUUGCAAAACCUAAAUCAGAUGUUGAAGAAGAUGAAGAACAGGCAAGUGUAAUAAGUGUUUCAAGUACCGAGUGAUCAAGAAAAUGGGCUAAUUCUGAAUCAGUAGUAGAUGAUUGUAUGGAAUUGGUAACAACUUACAAUUCAUGCAGUUUUUGAGAGUAUCUUGUAGUUUUGAUAAAUGUUUUUGUACAGAAGAAAAAAAGAAUAUAGGAUUCUGAGUUCAUACAA